AUGGAUAUUGAAACAAAUAAAAUUUUAUCUACACAUAUUGAUCAAGAUUUAUCGAAAGAAGAUUCAUUUAUUGAUUCAAAUAAUUCCAAUGAAGAAUCAUUUAAUUCUCUUCCUCAUCUUUCACCAUCAAAUAUUAUUGGAACACAUCCCAAUGAAAUUAUAACAAGUAUUAAUCCCGAUAAUGGUUAUCCUGUAAGACAAGAAAAUGGACAACGAAAAACUGGACCACCACCAAAUUGGCCAACAACUUGUCAUCCACCUGGUCGUGGUUGUGAAGUAUUUAUUGGUAAAUUACCUCGUGAUUGUUUUGAAUCGGAAUUAUUUCCAUUAUUUGAACGUUGUGGACAAAUCUAUGAAAUGCGUUUAAUGAUGGAUUUUUCUGGUUUUAAUCGUGGUUAUGCAUUUAUAACAUAUACAUGUCGUGAUGAUGCUAAACGUUCAGUAAAAGAAUUAAAUAAUCAUGAAAUUCGUCCUAGUCGUUUGAUUGGUGUUUGUCAAUCUGUUGAUAAUUGUCGAUUAUUUGUUGGUGGAAUUCCUAAAACAAAAAAACGUGAAGAAAUUCUUGAUGAAAUGUGUAAAGUAACUGAAGGUGUUGUUGAUGUUAUUGUUUAUCCAAGUGCACAUGAUAAAACGAAAAAUCGUGGUUUUGCUUUUGUUGAAUAUGAAAGUCAUCGUUCAGCUGCAAUGGCAAGAAGAAAAUUAUUACCAGGAAAAAUUCAAUUAUGGGGACAUCAAAUUGCUGUUGAUUGGGCUGAACCAGAAACCGAAGUUGAUGAAGAUGUUAUGGCAACUGUUCGAGUACUUUAUGUUCGAAAUUUAAUGAUGAGUACAACUGAAGAACAAAUAAGAGAAAUAUUUGAACGUUUUAAAUUAAAUUCAGUUGAACGUGUUAAAAAAUUAAAAGAUUAUGCAUUUGUUCAUUUUAAAGAACGUGAUGAUGCUUUACAUGCUAUGAAUCUUAUGAAUGGUCGAGAAAUUGAUGGGUCACUUGUUGAAGUUACAUUAGCAAAACCAGUUGAUAAAAAUCAAUAUUUUAGAUUUACACGUGGUGUUAGUCCAUCAACUAUUACUGCUAAUUUACCAUUUGGUUUACAAACUGGUACUCUUGGUCCAACAGGAACAUUCGAUUUAACACAACAUUUAACAGCUAUUCCAUAUUUAACUAUUCCAACAGCAUCAUUACCUACAAAUCAAACACAAGUAAAUAAUGGAACAACAGUUCUUUCAAAUGGUGUUAAUGCUCUUCAACAAAAAAAUAUUCGUCGAUGUAUAAAUGCAACUGGUCGUUUAUCUACAAGUGAUAAUACAAGUCCUCCAUCGAUAAAUCGUUCAACACCUCUAACACCAACUGGUAUUCUUUCUUCUUCAUCACGUCCAAAUCAUCCAUCUCCAUCUAUUGUUCAUCAUCGUGGUGCCUAUUAUACAAUUCUUCGACCCACAGCACGUCGAACAGACGAGAAAUGUCUCGAAGAUCUUUACAAAGAGACUUAUGAUGCUUUGUACGGCUCUGCUGCUAGUAUUGCCACUCCACCGAUAAUGAUGAUCGAAUCCAAUCAGCCUAAGUUUAUUUUACCAGAACAACAAACUUUGCAGCAGCAGCCGACUCAGCCCGAAGAGAUUCCAUUUGGUCCAGCAACACUUGGUUUUCAUCCUGGUGGUCAAUUCUUUCAACCAGCAACAAUUUUACCACAUCCAUUACUUGCAACACAUCCAGCAGGUAAUCCAUCAUUUGCUCAACAACCAUUUGUUUUUACUACAACGAAUAAUCAUCCUGGUCAAGCUCAACAAUAUUUUCAUGCACAUCCACAACCAAAUUUUGCUUUUCCGUUUUUUUUUACUCCACCAUCAAUGGGAACAAGUCCAGAAUCGCCACUUUUUACUUAUGCAACACCAACAUCAACAACUACAGCAGUUACAGCUGCGGGUGGUACUACUUAUUCAGGCUGA